AUGGACCCCCCCGUUGCUGAUUUGGAGCGGUGGCUGACGGGGGUGAGUGACCCGCAGGUGGUGGUUGUGGAGCACCCGCGUUUGGUUACCUGGUUGCGACAGUUCGGUCUGAGUUCGAUAUGUCCGUUGUGGCAGCGUCAGUCGCCGGGCAUCCGGUUUCGUGACUACGAGGCGUUCGUCAAGGGUGACCGGUUGGUGAAGCAGAGUCAGGUGGCGUUCCAGACGGCUGCGGCCUGGGCCGAUACCGCGGUGGAUGCCCCCACUUCCGGCUCGGCCGGGACGGUUGGGGAACACAUGUGUGCACACAUGUUUGCGGCACCUUUUGUGCGGGCGCCGGCAGUAGUGAGUGGUCCGGCGACGCCGGCGUUGACGGCUGCGAUGUUACGGACGGACUGCGUGCGCGAGAGUUUGCGGCGACGCCGGGUGGUGCAUGUCGGGAGUGCAGAGGUUGCUCGACUCUGCGGCGAAACGCCGGCGAUAAGUUUGCGCGAGGGCUGUGCUCUGGCGACGGCGAGUGGGGCCGUGGUCGAUUUGUUUGCAGCAGGCGAGGUGGCGGGCGCGGCGGGGACUCUGCCACUGGCUCUAGUCUUUGCGACGCUGGAAGGAGCGCCCUGUGUCGAGGAAUUGCGCGAACUCGGAGCGCUCGAUGCUGAACUUGGAGCUGCGCUCAACGACCCUAACCUUCUUGUCGGUCGCUACUAUUGCGUUAUUGGCCCGCGUGCGACACCUAUUGAACUCGAUGCAGGUCUUUGCCCCUCCAUAAGCGAAGCAGACGCACUUUUGCGACAGCGCUUCACUAUGGCCAGCGCCGUUAAGUACAUGCAUGUUCAAGUCGGCCCAGAAGUUGUCCAGGACGUUACUGCCCAGGACGGUACUGCCCAGGACAUUACUGCCCAGCCCCAGAGCCAGGACACUGAUCAGAACCAGACCCCCAAGGACGGCGGCUUUCGUGAAGGCGAUUCCCGACAAAGCGAUCCCCAACAGGGUGGAGCUGGGUGGUCAGACGAUGGGCCAAGCAUGGAAUACGGGCGGUUACCUGGUUGGGCCCGCGAGAUGUUGGUGCGAACGCAGGACGCGUUCGACCGGACUCCGUUGAAGAAGAACUCUGUUGUCGCACUGAUGGAAGCACGACCCGAUGCGUGUCGACACUCGUUGCUCUACUUGGACGAAAUUGGUGUUGGCGAAGUCGGGUUACCUGACAGCGCUGAAGCCGAACGACCACGACUACCCGCACAAUUGAGCGUCAUACAAGCCGCCUGGCUCAAAGACCACUGUUAUAGCACCCUCAUUCCAGCACGAGUCGAUCUUUAUGUUCGCCAGAUUUCACAACAACAAACCGCCAAACGAACUGGUCUACUCGGAAUUCGGAACCAAUUUCGUAACCUCGUGGGUAAUGAAACGGCACCCACCCGCAAAACCAGUAACGAAGUUUCACUGUGUGUUCUGUACCGGCGAUUGGGUCAAAGUUACUACUGGAGAGGUGAGUAUUUGCGAUCGUUGAUGGCGUACAAGCAAUGCCUGAGUGAGUUACGGGCUGUCAAGUUGCGUGGAGUGGUAGGUGCGUUUGAGGAGAGCGCGUGCGCAAGUCUUAUGGCUGCGGUCCAGACGGCAACGCAACACAAUAAGCCGAAGGCGGUAUACUUGAUAGGUGAGACAAGCUUCGUACGGGAUGCACUGACUUGGCUCAAUGAGCCGACGGAGGACCUGCCGGUGCCCACUCUUAUCCGCCAUCGAAUGCUCGUGGGGCGCAUCAUGAGUCUGCUCAGCCUUGUCCAACUCUCCAAAGCCUUCCAGCCCACAGCGAUACCCUCCCAAACACACGUCGGAGUCGCUAUUCGGUACAUGGAACUGGCCACCGACUCCUACAACGAAGCCCUCACGCUGUUCGGUACCCAAGACUUCGCCGUCACCCACCUAGCUACUGCUGCCAUUUCCGCCCAUAUCUACCUCCUCCUCUGUGUUGUCUCCUACUAUCUCAACCUCUACCAUCUAAAAAACACACCCGAUCUAAACCUACCCAACCAAACAACUCUCUCUGCAAUUCUUGGACUAAACAGACCCAUGUUUCCCAGCAGCCCAGACCAGUCCACCCCGCUAACAUCUUACGACAACAAACAACAGGUCUUCACCCACCACAAAACCACCAGACAACGCUUCCUAUACAUGUACAUGGCUCUCAAGUCCCUACAGUUCCUCAACAGUAAGUCUCAUGCUCAUUUCCACAUCCUGAUAUAA